AUGUCCAACCUGUUCAACACACUUCCCCGCCAUCCAAGCGUCCUCGGUCUUUUCCCUCCUCAGACAUACGGCCAGCACGAUGCAGACGAUUCCUUCGACUUGCCCGACGCGUCGUUCGAUGUACCACACGGUCACCCGGAUGCCAAAGGCGACUUGAGCUUUGCGUCGACAGCCUCGCUCUCCUCUCCGCUAUCUCCACCCGCUUUUCAACACAUGGAGUCGUCACCAUAUGGAAUGGACAUUUGCUCGCCCUCGCCCGGCCAUCCCAACUAUGGGAAACGAAUCGUCGUUCAACCCAGGGUCGAAGAAAGUGCAUCAAAAGUGUUUGGGGACCCGAGCAAGGACUUUCUCCUUCCACCCCGCAACAUGAACCCACCGGGGACCCUCUUGAAAAAGCUGAGGGACGUCUCCGACACGAAUUUUAGCCCCAUGAGCGUCGGUUCCCAGCGGAGUGGUCCAACGAAUAAAAGCACCGGAAAAGUCUCGAGCAUCAAGAGUACCAAUAGUAUUCGAGAUGCCGACACUGCGGGCAAGCUCCGUGGUCGGUCGAGGGCGGCUUUGCCAUCGGCUUGGAUGCAGCAAACUUCGCGAGACUCGCGAAGUGGACUAUUCUCACCUAUGGGUGGAAUGUCGCCUCCGAAUGAGACCGAAGAGCCUGGAGACGUGUUGAUGGAGGACGCCAUGGACAUUGACUCCCCCCUUGCUUCACGUGGACCUCCGAGGGCAGAGCUCAAACCCCGACCUCUUUCUUUGUUCAUUCCGACGUCCACCGAACCACUUGGAUCGGUGUUUGCACAGCAAGGUUCCCUCGAAGACAGUCCCUCUCCCGCCGUGUCUGCUCUUCCGAAAGACGGAGACGGUCUUGGUGCUCAUUUUUACGACACUCCAGAACCUGAAUCACGUUCUCUCAAUCUCUUUGGUGCAAAGCCAAUCAAUCGCAGUCGCUCACCUUCACCGUUUGGCGCCCGAGAUUCAAGUCCAGUCGCCAGCCCCUCAGCGGCCAAAUAUGAACGGUGUUUGAGUGCUGGAAUUGUUCCGUCGUCGUCUUCAACUUCGCUGCUUAGUGCCUUUGCGACAAAUUCACGCUCAGGCUCUAACAGUGGGCCGUUGAGUGCAAACCCCAUCUCGCAACAGAGUCGUACCAAAACGACACUGGCCACUCGAAUCCCAUCUUUGAAGAACAGAGCCCUUCGUCGACCGGGUCUUUCUACCCUUGUUGGACAGGAAGAAGUCUACAGCGACAAUGCGCCGCCCUCUCGAAGGAUGGCAACUCUUCAGCCACGACGCGUUGUGAGCGCGUUUAUCCCCCCAGAAAAAUUCGACAUGCGAAGUCAGCCGAGCCAAGCGGGUGUCGCCCGACCACGACCGGGUGGCGGGCUCGCGAAAAACAGGGUAGUGUCAAUGUUGGUGCCCUCAACGGCGCCACUUGACGGUGAAGAUGAUCGUGACGGGAUGUUCGACAGUCCUAGCGCCCGCGUCGGUGCUGGUCAUCGACGGUUGCGGAGCAAUGGUGGCAGUGGUGGUGCUCCAAAGAGCGCGUUCCCUGGAGGUAGCUUGAGAAGCCGAGGGCCUGCACAGCUGGUGAGGACGAUUGGUGAUCACGACCCUAGUCCGAUCCGACCAUUGUUGCCGUUUGGAGAUGGCGAGCAUUCGGGCAAGAUUUUGCCUUGUCAUAGCGUAAAGGAUGACGGACUUAUGCGGAUUACGCCCACGACGAUGCAGGCGCUCCUUUCGGGCGCAUAUGAUGCACAUAUUGCGUCGUAUCAGAUUAUCGACUGUCGGUUUGGGUUCGAGUACGAAGGAGGCCACAUUCGAGGCGCCAUCAAUUUGAACAAGGAGGAGGAUAUCGAGCGGUUCCUCUUUGAAGAAGCAGCUAAACGAGGGAGGCUCCCCCCACCUUCGCAGAGUGGUACGCCCGGAGUUCGACAACCGAUCCUCAUCUUUCACUGCGAGUUUUCUGCUAAACGUGGCCCUACUUUUGCAAAGCACUUCCGUGCAAAGGAUCGUUCCAAGAAUGCACAACACUACCCGAAACUUCAUUAUCCAGAGCUGUAUAUUUUGGAGGGAGGCUAUUGCUCCUACUAUAGUGCUUAUCCUGAAACAUGCGAACCACGUGGAUAUGUACAGAUGGAUGCUCCACAAUUUAGCCAUGCACGAGCUGCAGACCUCGGACAGUUUAGAAAAUGGAGUCGCGUUCGCAGUUAUACCUAUGGAGACAACCAACCACAACCACCACAGCCCAAGAUUGGCUUGGGCAUCACAACGUCUCAGCCGUCUCUGGUCGAGUCGAAUUCAUUCCAACGUGGCCCGUCAGGAGUCCCCGCCCGUCAGCACACGGGCUCUCAGAGGAAGGUUGACAGCUUUUAUGAGCUGCAGACACUGGAAGAGCAGCACGAUAUGUCGGAGGAGACGCGACUUGAUGGUCUCGACGGAUCCCCUGCACCUACUCCCACCCAAGAGGAAGACUUUGGUUCUGACGCGGCUAGUCAGGGUAGUCUUCCCGAGGGAGAUGACGCUCAAGAGGAGCAAUACUAUGAUGCGCUCCAGGGUUCAUAUGAGGAGGAACCCGCAGAGAGUCAGGUGGUAGAAGAGUCUCAAGAGCAAAUCACUAGUGAAGACGAGGACAACUUUGACGACAUGGGUCAUGUUGACUCUAGCCCCUGCGUCACGGCCGAAAUGAAGCGCCAGAAGAGUCGUGGGCGCCAGUUGCUCGAACGCACGUUUAAGCCACUCUCUUUCGGCUUGUCUCUUCACCCUCAUGGACAUUCUCGUGUCUGA